GUGUCCUUCAGCAGCAUGCCAUCAGAGAAAAAAAUAAGCAGCGCCAGUGACUGUAUCAGCUUUAUGCAGGCUGGGUGUGAACUGAAGAAAGUUCGUCCAAAUUCCCGGAUUUAUAACCGUUUUUUUACUCUGGAUCCUGACCUGCAGGCUCUUCGUUGGGAGCCUUCCAAGAAGGACCUUGAGAAAGCCAAGCUUGAUAUUUCUGCUAUAAAGGAAAUCAGACUAGGGAAGAACACAGAAACGUUCAGAAAUAAUGGACUUGCAGACCAGAUUUCUGAGGACUGUGCAUUGUCAGUAAUUCAUGGUGAGAACUAUGAGUCCCUUGACUUGGUUGCCAAUUCAGCAGAUGUGGCCAAUAUUUGGGUAUCAGGAUUAAGGUACUUGGUUUCUCGUAGCAAACAACCCUUGGAUUUGAUGGAAAGCAGCCAUAAUACCCCACGGUUUGCCUGGUUAAAAACUGUAUUCGAAGCAGCAGACGUUGAUGGUAAUGGCAUAAUGUUAGAAGACACGUCUGUGGAGCUAAUAAAGAAACUUAAUCCCACCUUAAAGGAAUCAAAGAUUAGAUUAAAAUUCAAGGAAAUCCAGAAGAGCAAAGAGAAACUGACAACACGAGUAACAAAAGAGGAAUUUUGUGAAGCAUUCAGUGAACUUUGCACAAGACCUGAAGUUUAUUUCUUGCUUGUGCAGAUAUCUAAAAACAAAGAGUAUCUAGAUGCCAAUGACCUCAUGCUGUUUUUAGAGGCUGAGCAAGGAGUGACCCACAUAACAGAAGAAAUGUGUCUAGAUAUUAUACGCAGGUAUGAGCUUUCUCAAGAAGGGCGGUUGAAAGGUUUUCUUGCAAUCGAUGGAUUUACUCAAUACUUGUUGUCCCCAGAAUGUGAUAUUUUUGACCCAGAGCACAAAAAAAUUGUCCAAGAUAUGACACAACCUUUGUCACAUUACUACAUCAAUGCAUCCCACAAUACGUACCUAAUAGAAGACCAGCUCAGAGGGCCAGCUGAUAUCAAUGGUUAUGUCAGAGCUUUAAAGAUGAGUUGUCGGAGUAUUGAACUAGAUGUCUGUGAUGGUCCAGAUAAUGAACCCAUUAUUUGUAACCGUAACAACAUGACAUCGCCACUUGCCUUUCGAAAUGUUAUUGAGGUAAUAAACAAAUUGGCCUUCUUUGCUUCAGAAUACCCCCUUAUUCUCUGCUUGGGGAACCACUGCUCAGUACAACAGCAGAAGGUAGUGGUACAACACAUGAAAAGGAUCUUUGGAAACAAACUCUACACAGAGGCACCUUUAUCCUCAGAAGUCUACCUCCCAUCACCUGAGAAACUGAAAAUGAAGAUCAUUGUGAAGGGGAAGAAGCUGCCCUGCGACCAGGAUAUAUUAGAAGGAGAAGUCACAGAUGAAGAUGAAGAGGCUGAAAUAUCCCGGAGACUGUCAGAAGACUUCUCAAGGGAACCGAAGCUGAUCUGGCUCUGCAGGGAAUUGUCCGACUUGGUGUCCUUAUGCAAAUCUGUCCAAUACAAAGACUUUGAGACAUCCAUGAAAGCUCAAAAUUAUUGGGAAAUGUGCUCCUUCAGCGAGGCAGAAGCCAGUCGGAUUGCAAAUGAAUACCCUGAAGAUUUUGUCAACUACAACAAAAAGUUUCUGUCCAGGGUGUACCCGAGUGCUAUGAGGAUAGACUCUAGUAACUUAAAUCCUCAAGAUUUUUGGAAUUGUGGUUGCCAGAUAGUGGCAAUGAACUAUCAGACUCCGGGGCCCAUGAUGGACCUACACACUGGCUGGUUUCUACAGAACGGGGGAUGCGGGUACGUUCUCAGGCCUUCGGUGAUGCGUGAUGAAGUGUCUUACUUCAGCGCAAAUACAAAGGGCAUUGUUCCGGGGGUCUCUCCCCAAGUCCUACAUGUCAAAAUAAUCAGUGGCCAGAACUUUCCAAAGCCCAAGGGUGCAUGUGCAAAAGGGGAUGUCAUAGACCCCUAUGUCUGCAUAGAAAUACAUGGGAUUCCUGCAGACUGCACUGAACAAAGAACUAAAACUGUUCAGCAAAACAGUGAUAACCCCAUUUUUGAUGAAAGCUUUGAGUUCCAGAUCAAUCUACCAGAGCUGGCCAUGAUCCGUUUUGUUGUUUUGGAUGAUGACUACAUUGGGGAUGAGUUCAUAGGGCAGUACACCAUCCCGCUGGAGUGCUUGCAGCCCGGAUACAGGCACAUACCGCUGCGGUCUUUUGUUGGUGAUAUCAUGGAGCAUGUUACCCUCUUUGUUCACAUUGCGAUAACCAACCGAAGUGGAGGUGGGAAGGCCCAAAAACGCAGCCUCUCGGUGAGGAUAGGAAAGAAAGCAAGGGAGUACACUAUGCUGAGGAACACCGGUCUCAAGACUAUCGAUGACAUCUUCAAGCUGGCAGUGCAUCCGCUGCGAGAGGCUACUGACAUGAGAGAAAAUAUGCAGAAUGCCAUGGUGUCUGUCAAGGAGCUGUGCGGGCUGCCUCCCAUCGCGAGCCUGAAGCAGUGCAUCCUGACCCUGUCCUCGCGGCUUGUGGGCAGCGACAACGCACCCUCCGUUUCCCUCUGCAUGAAGGAUGCGUUUCCUUACCUAGAGCCUCUGGGGACUGUGCCCGAUGUGCAGAAAAAAGUCCUGGCGGCGUACGACCUGAUGAUUCAAGAGAGCAGGGUUCUCAUUGAGACGGCAGACAUCACUCACGACAAGAUUGUUCAGUGCCAGAAAGCAGGAAUGGAAUUCCAUGAAGAGCUUCAUAACCUUGGGACAAAGGAAGGUUUGAAAGGAAGAAAACUAAGCAAAGCCAUUGAGAGUUUUGCAUGGAAUAUCACAGUGCUGAAGGGCCAGGGAGAUCUCCUGAAGAACGCCAAGAAUGAAGCCCUGGAGAACAUGAAGCAGAUCCAGCUGGCGUGCCUGUCGUGUGGACUGAGCAAAACUGGAAGUGGGCACACAGACGCCAAGUCAAAACGGUGCCUGGAGGCCAUACAGGAGAAGGAUACCGGAGAUGAGAAUGGGAGGCUGUGA